GAAGAAAAAUGUCAGAAACGUUUGAUGACUUGUUCGCGAUCGUGCCAAACACCAAGGCAAAAGCAGAUGCAUGGAUGCACUUUGGCUUUAAAAAGAAUAAGACAACAAGCGAGAUCGACAAAUCCGUUGCAGUUUGCAAGGUGUGUCAUGCAGAGGUAAAAUACGCCGGGGGGACAACGAAUCUCCUUCACCACAUGCGAAGGAAACAUCCAGCCAUUUCCUUAACGAGUGAGCCAGUGCCAUUGAAAAAACCAAAAAUAAAAACUGAAAAAGAUGGAAACAACAAUUUUGCACAGCCAAGGUUAGAUCACGUUAUAACAGGAAACAUAAAGUAUCCCCCCAAAUCUGUGAAAGCCCUUGCCAUCACUGACAAAAUAAGCAGAUUAAUUAUUAAAGACCUGAGGCCAUACAGCAUGGUUGAAUCAAGUGAAUUUAGAGAUCUUGUUAACACGUUGGAUCCUCGCUACAUUGUACCGAACAGAAAAACCUUUUCAGAAGUUGCAAUCCCAAACCUCUACAGAGAGUGUAAAGCAGAUGUUACACAGAAAUUAUCUUGUGCUGAAAUGGUUGCUCUGACUACAGAUGGAUGGACCUCUCGUGGUACAGAUUCCUACAUAACAAUAACAGCAUGCUUUAUAGAUGGGGAUUGGAACCUGAUCAACAAUGUGUUACAAACUAGAGCAAUGCCUGAAAAUCAUACUGCAGAAAAUAUUGCCAAUGUUCUAAAAGCUGCAAUUACAGAAUGGAAUCUGCCUAGCCCACCUGUACCCCCAAUUGUAUCUGACAAUGCAAAAAAUAUGGUGAAAGCAGCAGAACUUUUAGAGACUAGUUUCUAUUUAGGAUGUUUUGCACACACUCUAAAUCUUGCUGCUCAAAAAGCCUUACAAGUGCCAAGCGUGAAUAAUCUGUUGACAAAGGUUAGAAAAAUAGUUGCAUUCUUUCACAGGAGCACAAUUGGUGCUACUGCACUGAAAACCCAGACAGAUUUACUAGGUUUACCAAAUCAUAAACUGAUUAUGGACGUUGUAACAAGAUGGAACAGUGCAUAUGACAUGUUCACAAGGUAUCUGGAGUUGCAAGUUGCUGUUACUGCUGUUAUUAGAAACAAAAAUCUAGGCACCUCUACAGAUAAAACCCUUAAAGACCUUAGAACUCUGACUGAUGAUGAUGUUUCAAUGGCAGAAGAAGUUGUAAGGUGCUUACGUCCACUCAAAUCAAUCACGACAGCAUUGUGCACUGAAUCCAUUCCAACAAUCUCUGUCAUAUUACCAUUACAUGACCAGCUAUGCAAUAAUUUUUUGCAACCAAAAGAAGAGGACACACCCUGUGCAAAGAAUGUGAAGAAGGCAGUACUCAAUGAUCUAACAAACAGAUAUUCCAAACAACAGGAUGAUUUAGCUGUUGCCAGUGCUCUUGACCCAAGAUUUAAGAGCCUGCCAUUUUUGAGUGCUGAUGAGAAAGAAAACUGCUUUCAGAAUAUCAUCAAUAGGAUGAAAAAUGUUAAUACUGUCCAGGUUAAAGUUGAGCCUCAGAAUGAAAACUGUCAAUCACAACUACCACCUUUGCCACAAAUGCCUGAAUCUAGUGGUGCAAGUCAAUUAUCAACCAGUCUCACCGAAGCUGAAGAAAAAGAGAGUGAUGAAAAGUUACUGAGUGAUAAACCUACAGAUACAAAAAGUGGUUUUGCAGAUUUCUUAGGAGAUGUUUACAUAACUGCUGUAGACAAGGCACCAACCCCUGAUGAGAAAGCAAGACAAGAAGUAGAGAAAUACAGACACAUGCCAUCAGUGGCCGUAUCCUCCAAUCCACUGGUCUGGUGGAAGGAAAAUGCAAAAAAUUUUCCUGUUCUAAGUGUAAUAGCCAAGCAGUAUCUCUGUAUUCCUGCUACCUCUGUGCCAUCUGAAAGGGUUUUUUCAACUGCAGGGGAUAUUGUGACAGCUCAAAGAGCUUCACUUAAGCCAAAACAUGUUGACAUGCUCAUAUUCUUGAAAAAGAAUUUGAAGUGAGCUGAAUGUACUGACUCACAUUAUCUCCUGCAGUUCAUUUUUUUGUUGAAAAAUCACCCACCAUUUAUCAAAGAAUAAUAAGAAAAUGCAGGUUACUUUGAAUAUUUUUAUUUCACCUUCCACCAGAUCAGUGGAGUGAAGCACACAACUGACAUUAACUGUGACAAGUUU